CUGCUGGUAUGGGUUACCCUUCGGUGCAUGACUGACGAUCUUCUUUUUGGCUGUCUUCAGAGAGGCGUGCGCACCACGUUUGGAGUGCGGAGGGUUCGCUAAAGUGCCGUGCAGGAGCAGCGUUCCUGCAUUAUGGGAUGCUGCUCGGUUACUGCGCCGGAUCUGGCUCUCCAAGCCGCGACGUCGCGAUUCCUCAAGCCAGGCCCCUUCGUAGCAUUCAAGGGGCUGUUCGUGGCGUAUUUCCUAACUUGGUGCUUCCUGUGGCCUUUGGAAUACAACAGUAUCUACUUGUUCGCCACUUACUGGGUGUGGUACACAGGAGCUGCAUACUUCGCGCUUUCGUUCUCCACCGCGUGCACACACUUCAGACGAUGGUCCGCGGCCACACAAGCAGGGGCGCCCGAGCACGGGAGUGGGGGGGAGGGGAGUGACCGGCCCGCGCCUUCGUGGAGCAACCUUACCGGGGAUGUUUUGACGCCGGCGCUGCGGACGCGGAUUCACCCCUUCGAGCAGGCCGUGUUGGCGAUGCAGCUUUUUACCUGGAACGUCGCUUGCCUUGGGUCGGUGUUCGUCGCUAUCAUAUACUGGAGCUCUCUGUACACCGGGGCACCGAUCUCAUCAGUGGACAUGAACGCACACACCCUCAUUGUUUUCGUCAUGGUGGCGGACCAAUUGCUCGUGGCCACACCAUUCCGAAUCCGAGAUAUGUGGAAGGCGGAAGUAUUCGCGCUGACGUACCUCGUCUACAGCUUGCUUUGGUACUUUGUCGGGCAAGAGUUGAUCUACGUCAUCCUCGACUGGGACCGACACUUUUGGGAGGCCUUCUUGUACUCGGUGGCAGGGAUCUUCGUUUUGAUACCGGCGAUAAGCGUCCUUCAUUACUACAUUUUCAGGUUGAGGGAGUCCAUCUAUGCGACUUGCAGGCAGCGGGCGGAAUCGUCAUCCGGCGUGUUGAACGACCGCCUUCUUAGCGCGGAGGACGGAGGAAGCAGCACACAGUCGGAGUCGGUAACGUCUCACGUGCCACAGACGGGUACCGACCUUGCCGCUAUCGAGAACGUCUGAUGAGACCGGGCAAGCUCCUGCUCCUCCUUUUUUGUCCGGGUGAUUCGGUGGGCUCGUUUUUGUCAUGCAUGGGGUAAACCAGUCCGAUAGACGCUGUCCUCGGACAGAUAAUUCUGUUUGGUUAUCGUCAUCGUAGAGGUAUUGGCUACGACAAGCUAUCGCGUGUGCUGCCGGGCUGGAUCGAUCUCUUUGUGUGGACAGAGUUGUCUGUGACGUCGCUAACGGACAUGAAAUAGUUUCUGGCCAGGCAAUGGUGCAGCCUUUUCUAGGGUGCAGUUUGUGGAAGCCCAAAAAUCUUAUCGCAGCCGGCUCCGAAAGAUUUUCGUGUGUGGCGGAUUUUUAGCACGUAUGAGCUUAUCGUAAAUGCUCUUUGCUGCUCAAUUCGUUGGCACCAUGUGCGAGCACUGUAGUUGUUAGUAGUGCAACUUUUAAUAGACUAGAGUAGCACCGUUGCAGACAACCCAUUACGGGUACUGCUGCAAAGUGCAGAAGAUGGAGAUCGGCGGAACCAGGGUAUAAAGAGAGGCGGACCGAUGAUUCGGUGCUACUGCGAUCUAUUGCUCCUCCUGAAUGUCUUACGUGCAUGGUGUCGAGAGAGCCGCUGCCCCCCCGGCUCCUGAAUGAAGUGUGACGAUGACACAUUACAGGUAGUACAUCAUAGCAGCCUUGAGCUUUGCCCCUUUUUUCGAUGAUAAAGGCAUCAUUUGGCGCGUGUGCAGGACUUUUGGCCUCGCGGUGCCCUCUUUAAUCCUGCCUGUCGUUUCCUUUGUUGAGACGGGCGAGGUCUGAGGGUGAUGUGGUGGAAAGAAGUGAUGGUUCGUGAAACGGUUCGGUCAUUUGUGGAAGUUAGUGUUCAUUCAGCGUUCUGUUGGUUGGUUGGUAUGCAUACAGCUCGUAAAAAUGCGGCCACAGAAAGAUCCGCGAGAGUGAGUCGCAAGAGCAAUAUGCUGCCCAAAGUCACAAGUCUUGCUUCUCGUUGUACGCGGUGUAUCAUCGUCGAUUGUCGAGCGGCAAUCUUCAAGAUAGGUCGUUGGCGGCGCGUCUGCACGAAGCAGCUCUCGGUUGCUUCAAGGUUCGCGUGGGCCUUGUUUUGUUUUCAAGUCUGCUGUUACGCAUAGUCUAGGCCCUUCGAUUUGGAAGACAGCAAGUGCUCUUCGCUUGUAUGAGUGUAUGUGCUGUAUGAUGCUGUGCAUAUUCCUAUGUACUGCUGUACAGUUGGCGCCCGCAGUUAAGAAAUAUUUUGUUAAGAAUUUGAGGCUCACUUCUUCACGAAAAAUAAGAAAAU